UCGCCCCCUGGACCGCCCUGGGGCACCGCGCCGACCGGACCCACGCGCCCGCCGCCCAUCUCGUAGGGCACCCCGGCCCCUCCGGCGAGCGGCUCCGCUGGCGAAGCGACGUCGACGCCUCCUUCACCCGGGGCGGCUUCCGCCUGGCCAACGACUCGCUGGUGGUGCCGGCCUCCGGCAUGUAUUUCGUCUACUUCCAGGCGUCCUUCCUGGGGGCCGCCUGCCCCGUGGGGGACGAGCCCCUGGUCCUGGCGCACCGCGUGCUGCUCUUCUCCGACACCUACCCCCGAGACGUCCCCAUCCUGAGCGCCCACAAAACGGCCUGCUCCGGGGGGGGGCCCUGGUACCGCUCCCUCCACCAGGGGGCAGCGUUUGCCCUGCAGGAGGGGGACCGGCUGUCCACGCAGACGGAGGGGGAGGCGCAUCUGCUGUCCGGCCAGGGCACCUUGUCAUUCGGGGCGUUUGCCCUGUGA